AUGGGCUUGUGGGAUGUUGAUGAUUUCGGCAUCAUCGCCGACAAGGCAUGCUGGUCUAUGUUUGCGGUGACCACAGUGGUGGUUAUACUCAGAUUUAUAAGUCGCCAAUUCUUCGGUCAAGGCAAUGUCGGCGGUGGCCUCGGCUGGGAUGACUUUAUUACAGCAUUUUGCGUUAUUGUCAUGCUCGUUACUUGCAUCAUGAUCACCAUCGGUACACACUAUGGCCUCGGUCGACGACUAGACGAUAUCGACCCGACUCUUAUCCCGGGCGCGUUAAGAUGGAAUGUCAUCAUUAGCUCUGUUCUAAUCUGGACCUUUUCGCUACCGAAAUUUGCCAUCAUCGCCACACUCAAACGCAUCUUGGACUAUGGAUUGAAGACGACGAUACUAUUCUGGGGCCUUGCAAUCAGUUCACAGGCUUGUAUCCUCGCUACCUCAGUCUGGUGGUACAAACAAUGCGACCCCGUGGAAUUCGGCUGGGAUAGAAGUAUCGAGGGCGGGACAUGUGCAUCUGUGCAGGUCAUGUCUGACUUGGGAUACUUCACUUCAGCCUACUCUGCAUUUCUGGAUGGAUUUUUUGCGCUGUAUCCAAUUCCAUUCAUCAUGCGGCUUAAUAUGCCUUUGAAGAACAGAAUUCUGGUGUCAGUUGCGUUGGGAUUGAGCUUCCUGGCUUGUAUUCUGUCCAUCUACAAGCUUACCAUCUUUGGGGAGAUUUUUGUGGUACUCGCAGAGAAUCCAACAUACCCUGUUCCUUUCCUUGACAUACUUGGUCUAGGUGAAGGAUGCAUCCUUCUCAUCUGUGCCUCUCUACCAACCUUGGGUCCCCUGUUCCGCUUCGCAAAAGGCAAGAUAGUCACCGCCAACGCCAGCCGCAUAACAGACAACAGCAAGAGAGACAGCCACAGCGGGCAAUCGAGUGGAAGGUGGGACAAGUUGGGAGGUCGACAGGGAGAUGACAUGGAGCAUGGAUCCAGUAGGAUCGGCUCCAGCGUUGACGAUAUUCCACUCGUAGUGGGCCUGAAUCACGCCACGGAUAACUCGACGAGAAUCCACAAGACGGUUGAGUUCGGUGUAUCACAUGCUGAGCCGGACAACGAUGGGACAGGGAAUCGUCCGGAUGGCUUCCGCGGAUAUUAG